AUGACCACAUCUUUUUAUGAUUUAGAAUGCAAGGACAAGAAAGGCGAAUCUUUUAAGUUUGACCAACUGAAAGGCAAAGUAGUUCUCAUAGUUAAUGUUGCCUCCAAGUGCGGCUUCACGCCGCAGUAUAAAGAAUUGGAAGAACUAUACAAAAAAUAUCAAGAUAAGGGGUUUGUUAUUUUGGGGUUCCCAUGUAAUCAGUUCGGGAAGCAGGAACCGGGCUCUGAUGAACAAAUUACGGAAUUUUGCCAGUUGAAUUAUGGCGUUACAUUCCCAAUUAUGAAGAAGAUUGAUGUUAACGGAAGUAAUGCUGACUCUGUCUAUAAUUAUUUGAAAAGCCAAAAAGCAGGUUUACUAGGUUUCAAGGGUAUCAAAUGGAAUUUUGAAAAGUUCUUAGUUGAUUCCAAUGGUAAGGUUGUCCAAAGAUUUUCCUCCUUAACAAAACCAUCGUCCUUGGACCAAGAAAUCCAAAGCCUGUUAAGUAAAUGA